GGCUAGUCGCCGAGACUUUCACGUCGGAAAGAGUGACACGCGCGUGGCGAGCGAUGGGAGAAGAAGAAGCGCGUAGUUGGAUUCGCGGAGACGAAACGGCGAAGCAGAUGUUAUCAAGGGUUCUUAAAGACCGUGCAUUCAUGCUUCUUCCGCCACUUCACCGUGUACCUUUACGCGCCGGGAACGUAGUCGAGAUCACCGGCGCAUCUCCGUCUGCGAAAACUCAGAUCCUGAUUCAAGCUGCGAUCAGUUGCAUUCUUCCUAAAACGUGGAACGGCAUUCACUAUGGAGGAUUAGGGAAACUGGUUUUGUUUCUCGAUUUGGAUUGUCGCUUCGAUGUUCUCCGGUUAUCUCAAAUGCUCAAGCAUCGUCUUCUUCAAGCUAACCGGUUAGGAAAUGGAGCAUGGUGGCAACUUGAAGAGUCAAAUGUUAAGAGUUGCAAAGCUGCACAAGAGAAGUCAAAGACUGUGUUUGAUGAGGAGUUAUAUGUUUCAUGCAUGAAAAGGUUUCUGUAUGUUCGUUGCUAUGAUAGUCUUGAACUUUUGUCCAGUCUCAAGACAUUGCAUUACCGGAUCCGACAACAAGAAGCCUGUGGAAGUCAAGUCGGAGUGCUUAUGAUUGACAGCAUUGGUGCUUUCCACUGGACUGAUCGUCUAUCAUCAUCAUUGGCACUGGAGACACAUAACAGGAAAAGUCUGUCCCUUACGAAUGUGGUGGAGACGAUAGUGCAAGAGUUGAAGAAGCUCCUACAGGUGCAUUCGCUGGUAGUACUUGCCACUAAGGCUACAAUUUACGAAGAAAAGUACCCAGCACUUGAGAAUAAUCGAAAGUUCUCCUCAAACGACGAUUAUUCAGGGAAUGCUGCAAUUAAAGCUCAGCAACCUCUAAUUCGUGAAUUCAUGCCUUCUUCUUGGCAGGUCAUUUUCUGAUGUGAACCCUUAGAGCCUCUUCUUGGAAUGCUUUGUAGAUCAUUUUUGACAAUCAUUUCAGGAUUUACAAAAUUUAAUCGAUUAUUUCAAAGGAUGAUUCUUUCUCACUACCCUUCUUUGUGGUCAUUGCAGGCAUUUGUAACACAUAAGAUAAUUAUACGAAAAUCAGGUUAGAAUAAAUUUUCUCGGUUUUU